AUGUUCUCUGCCAUGCUGAUGGACGCCUACCGCGACGAACGCCCUGGAAUCCGCAUCGCCUAUAGAACGGACGGUCAUCUCCUGAAUCACCGGCGCAUGAACUUCCAAUCGCGUGUAUCCACAGCCACCAUGCACGAACUCCUCUUCGCCGACGACUGCGCCCUGAACACCAACUCGGAAGAGGAGAUGCAAUGGAGCAUGGACCUGUUCUCCACCGCCUGCGAGAACUUUGGGCUGGUCAUUAACACGCAGAAGACGGUGGUGAUGCACCAACCGCCGCCCAACUCAGCCACGGCCCCCAAUGUGCCGCUGCAAAUCAGCGUGAACGGAACCCAACUGCAAGUGGUGGUGAACUUCCCGUAUCUGGGCAGUACUCCAUCUCGCAACACCAAGAUUGAUGACGAAGUCGCCAACAGGAUUUCGAAAGCCAGUCAAGCCUUCGGACGCCUCCAAAGCACAGUUUGGAAUCGCCAAGGUCUCCAACUGAGCACAAAGCUGAAGAUGUACAAGGCCGUCAUCCUGCCGACGUUACUGUACGGAGCAGAGACUUGGACGGUGUACACGAGACAGGCACGCCGACUGAACCACUUCCACCUCAGUUGUCUCCGUCGCAUCCUGAGGCUGAACUGGCAGGACCGCAUCCCCGACACGGAAGUACUGGAACGAACGGUAAUCCUCAGCAUUUACGCCGUACUGAAACAAAUGCAGCUGCGCUGGAGCGGCCACCUGGUGCGCAUGGACGACGAGCGACUACCCAAACGACUCUUCUACGGAGACGUCGCGACGGGUUCUCGUCGUCAAGGAGGCCAAAUUCGCCGUUACAAGGAUACUCUGAAGUCCUCCCUGAAUCGCCUGCAAAUCAACCCGACCAACUGGGAAGAGCUCGCUCGCGAUCGUCCGACAUGGAGGAGAACAGUGAAGACGGGCGCUGCUAUCUAUGAAGCCAACCGAAUCGCGGCCGCCAAAGCGAAACUCGAAGUCCGCAAAUCACAACUUCGCCCAGUCCGCAACGCCGCCGCACAACCACUCCCAACGUGUCCUCGAUGUCAACGGACAUUCCGGGCACGAAUCGGCCUUGUUGGACAUCUCCGAACCAACUGCACCUCUCGAACUGCUCCAGCAAUCGUCCCCCCGCCCGCCUCUUCCUCCUCCCUUCCGCCAACUAACUCUGACACUCCUUCUGCACCACCAAUUCCAUCCUCGUCGGCCUCCUCCCUCUCCACUGCCCCAGCGGCGGCCGUCCAGUCUGCUGUCUCACAAAUCACCAACACCAACACACCAACGAACAUCACCUCUCCCACCUCUCCCGAUCCCAGUGAUGAGCAUCAGGUCUACACCUGCCCUCACUGCGACCGCACCUUCACCUCUCGCAUCGGCCUGGUCGGUCACUUGCGAAUCCAUCGCACAGAGACUGGUGAACCAGUGCCUGGAGCACUAACCUACACCCACCGCACUCGCCUCCACUGCCCACACUGCCCUCGCACCUUCACACAUCGCAUGGGUCUAUUCGGCCACAUGCGCAUCCACGAGAGCGGAAUUGACCGCAGCCUUGACACACCCACCCCGCCGAGCCCCACUCCCAAUCAAUCACCUUGCGCACCCACUAACCACUCCACAGCCGACAUCGACGCCACCGACCUUACCACCCCCCACUCCUCCCCUUCCUCCACCUCCUCUUCCUCCUUCACUGCCACAACGACGGCCGCCUCGGCGUCUGUCGCCCACGAACUCACCGCAGCCGAACCUGACACAACAACCGGCACAACCCCUGCAACCUCCAUCAUCCGACGUGAGGGCCAGGGCUACAUCUGCCCUCACUGCGAUCGCACCUUCACUUCACGCAUCGGCCUGGUCGGUCACUUGCGAAUCCAUCGCACAGAGACUGGCGAACCAGUGCCUGGAGCACCAACCUACACCCACCGCACUCGCCUCCACUGCCCACACUGCCCUCGCACCUUCACGCAUCGCAUGGGUCUAUUCGGCCACAUGCGCAUCCACGAGAGCGGAAUUGACCACAAUUCCGACACAGCCACGACAUCCAACACAUCCACCACGCCCAGACGCACCCUCGCUCCACCGUCACACGCGCCGUCCACCACCACCAACACCACCGCUUCCUCUACAGCUGGCACCCACACCGCUGACCUCUCAUGCCCACAUUGUCCACGCACCUUCACCUCACGCAUCGGCCUGGUGGGUCACUUGCGAAUCCAUCGCACAGAGACUGGCGAACCAGUGCCUGGAGCACCAACCUACACCCACCGCACUCGCCUCCACUGCCCACACUGCCCUCGCACCUUCACGCAUCGCAUGGGUCUAUUCGGCCACAUGCGCAUCCACGACGACCUGCGGUAG